ACCGCCGACACCGAUUAUGUCACAUCGAUCGGCUUCUCUGCAGCAGCUCAAGCAGGAACAGCAGCAGCAGCAGCAGCUUCAGAGGAGGCGAGAGCCGGAGAUCUGGCAACAGCAUCCUGCUCAGCCGCAAACCUCACACCAGGAUUUGCAUGCCGCUUGCUCCUCUUUUGCUGCACCACUGCCCAGGUUUGGUGAGCGGCCCUGGCCCAAGGUGCCGGGGAAGAUGGCCUCAACGCUGGCCUCUUUGCUGAUGCUCUGGCCGCUGGUUCUCCUCCUUUCUGAUCCAGCCGCAUCCAUCGAGUUUCCUGAAGGCUAUAACCGGACAGCCCUGCUUCAGCCACCUGAAUUCCAAGAGCAGCCUGAGAAAGAGAUUGUUGUAUUUCCCAAUGAUGAGGUGACCCUGAAAUGUGAGGCCAGUGGGAACCCCCCAGUGGAGUUCCGCUGGACCAAGGAUGGGCAAGAGUUUGAUCCAAGCCAGGUGCCAGGGAUGAUGCAACGGAAAGACUCGGGGACCCUGGUCAUCACCACAAACGGGAACGUGGCAUCUAAGUACAAAGGGGUUUACCGGUGCUAUGCCAGCAAUUCCCUGGGCACUGCCAUGAGCUCUGAGAGCCAGAUCAUUGCUGAGAGUUCUCCACAGUGGCCGAAAGAGAAGGUGGCACCCAUUACAGUGGAAGAAGGAACCCACACAAUCUUACCUUGCAACCCACCUACCAGUGCUGUUCAUCCAAAAAUUUACUGGCUCAACAGCAGGAUUGAGCACAUCACACAGGAUGAACGAGUAACCAUGGGCCAGGAUGGGAAUCUUUAUUUUGCCAACGUGCAAAUGAAGGACAGCCAACCUGACUACAUAUGCAAUGCUCAUUUCCAAGGUCCCCGAAUCAUCAUUCAGAAAGAGCCCAUUGAGCUGAAAGUCACAACCACCAACACUUUAUCACACAAGAAGCCAUUUCUAAUUGUGCCAAAGAGGAAGCACAGUACCUAUGUGGCAAAACUGGGCGAGUCCUUGGUCUUGGAAUGCAUUGUAGCUGGACUCCCUACACCCACAGUGGAAUGGACCCAUAAGAACAGGCUGAAGCUUUCGCCUCACAUGGUUUUCGAAAACGCAAGGAAAACCCUCCGCAUCCUAAACGUGACUGAUGAAGACGAUGGAGACUAUGAGUGUAAAGCAGAGAAUGAUCACGGCACAGUGCGCCACACCUACACCGUUAACGUUGAGGCUGCUCCAUAUUGGAUAAAGAGGCCCGUGAGCCAGAUCUAUGCCCCAGGGGAGAAUGUGCGCUUGGAUUGUGAAGUUGACGGUAAACCCAAACCAGAGGUCUCAUGGAGAAUAAAUGGAAUCCCUCUUGAAGAUGUGAUGCCAGAACCAAGGAGGAGGGUGCAGCCCGGAGCAUUGAUCCUUAACAAGGUGGAGCCAAACGACACAGCAGUAAUCCAGUGCGAGGCCCAUAACAAACAUGGCAGCCUCCUGGCCAAUGCAUACAUCCUUGUCCUCCAACUGCCAGCACAGAUCCUGACCCCAAGUGGGUUAGAGUAUAGUGUGGUAGAGAACCAGGUUGCAACUCUGGACUGCAUGGCUUUUGGGGUGCCCAGACCCACUGUGAAGUGGUUUAUGGGUGAUAAGUAUGUCUUAGAUGAUAUCCGGAGUUUUCUCUUCACAAAUGGAACUCUUCUGCUUGAGCAAGUUGAGCGCCAGGAUGCAGGGAACUUCACGUGUCUGGCUGAUAAUGAUUUCUAUGGUGACACCAUCACUGCCCACCUAAUUGUCAAAGGAGCCACAAAGUUUGAAGUGGGACCUACAAACACAGAAGAGAAGAAAGGCGAGAGUGUGACAUUCCAUUGUAAGGUGUUGUUUGAUGAGACCAUUCCAGGGCAUGGUACCAAGUGGCGUCUAAAUGGGCAGGUCAUUCAGGAAUCAGAUGAAAAUGAGAAAUAUUUCAUCGGUGAUACAUCUUUGACAAUCACCAACCUGGACUAUUCGGACCAAGGAAUAUACAGCUGCCUGGCUUGGACUGCUCUUGACUCUGUGGAGAAAAGUGCCAAGCUUUUGGUGUAUGGCAAACCUGGCCCUGUGUCAAAUCUGGAAAUGUUGAGGCAGCAGGAUCAUCAGGUGAAGCUGACAUGGACACCAGGAGAUGAUCACAACAGGCAUAUUGAAGAGUAUACUGUCUUUUGUGAAGAAAGCAAAUUUAAGCCAGGAAAACUGGAGGAGUUAACCACUGUACCAGGAAACCAGCCAUGGGCCAUUCUUUCCCUCUCUCCAUUCAGGAACUAUACCUUCUAUGUGCAAGCCAGGAACAAUCAAGGGAAAAGUGAACUGAGUGAACCAUCUGUCAGUCAUGUCACAAAGCCAGCAGCUCCUGACCAGAAUCCAACAGAAGUCAAAGGAGAGGGAAAUGAGACCACAAACAUGAUCAUCACUUGGACGCCUUUGCCUCCCUGGGAGUGGAAUGCUCCAACUCUGAAAUACCACGUGCAGUGGAGGCAGGAGAGUGAAGCCCAGUGGAACGAGACGGAAGUAGAAGCCCCUCCUGUAGUGGUGACAGGCACCCCGGUCUUCACACCUUAUGAGAUCAAGGUGCAGGCACGCAAUGACUUUGGCAAAGGUCCCGAACCUUCCAGCGAACUUGGCUACUCAGGGGAGGAUGUCCCUGAGGCCAUCCCUGAGAAUUUGGCUGUUGAAGUCUUGAACAGCACCACCAUCAAGCUUUCAUGGAUCCUGCCUAACAAAGAGAAGAUUUUGGGUCACCUCAAGGGAUUUCAGGUUUAUUUCUUCUGGCUGGGAACUCUGGCAGACCGCAGCCGUCGGCAGGCUCGUGCUCACACCCGCUCCCAUGGGAAAGUGUUGAUUGAGGGGAAUGUAUCUGAGAUCACACUGGGGGGCUUCAAGCCGUGGAGCCGAUACCGGGUUCAGAUGGCGGUGCUCAAUGGCCGGGGGGAGGGCCCCCACAGCGAGGCCAUGGGAUUUGAUACACCGGAGGGAGUUCCUAGCCGCCCUGAAUCUGUUCAUAUGGAGUUCCUUUCGGACACAACAGUGACCUUGGAGUGGACACCACCCAAAUUCCCCAAUGGGAAAUUAGUGAGAUAUGUGUUGGCGUAUCAACAAGCCAACCAGACUUCCAAUCUGACCAACGUGGGCUUCAUUAGUGGCAUUACCAUCCCUGCCACCCAACUUAUGUUCAACGUCAGUGAUCUGGACCCCUACACUCCUUACAAUUUCUACUUGUCAGCAGAAACCAAAGAGGGGUCAGGAGAGGCCUAUAUUCUGCAGGAACAUGCAAUACGUGAGUCAGUGAACCUGUCCUUGGUGAACAUCACUUUGGGUGAGACAGGGGAGAAUUUCACCACCAUCAUCUGGAUCCCACGUCAGAGCCAGCGAGAUGUGGAGUUUGCAGUCCAUAUUAUGAGCAAGACUGAUAAAGAAGACUGGCAUGAUGUAGGGAAGGCCACAUCCAGCCAGGGUUCUUACAGCAUCCCAGGCCUGCAGCCAGGAAAGCAGUAUCGGGUUCGACUGGUGAAAGAACAUCGUACUGGAGAUCUUCAAGUCAUCUGGGAGACAGAAAUGGUAACCACUGGUACUGUUCGAGAGAGUUACCGGAGCUUUGCUGCGCAAGGUUGGUUCGUGGGCUUUGUCAGCGCCAUCGUCCUCCUCAUCCUGGUUCUGGUGCUCCUCUGCUUCAUCAAGCGCAGCAAGGGCGGCAAGUACUCGGUAAAAGACAAAGAAGACACCCAGGUUGAUUCGGAGGCCAGGCCCAUGAAGGAUGAGACCUUUGGAGAGUACAGGUCCCUGGAGAGUGACAAUGAGGAGAAACCCUUCACAAGCAGCCAGCCUUCCCUGAAUGGUGAUAUCAAGGCCUUGGGAAGCGACGACAGCUUGGCAGACUAUGGUGGGAGCGUGGAUGUCCAGUUCAAUGAGGACGGCUCCUUCAUUGGCCAGUACAGCGGGCAAAAGGGCAAAGAAGGAGGUGGCAAUGACAGCUCGGGGGCAACCAGCCCCACCAAUGUGGUCACUGCCCUGGAGUAAAAAAGGGGCUUUUCCCCAAGAAAUGAACCCCUGGGGGGAGAGGAUUUCCCUGUGGAUUAUUGGGGGGAGGACAUAGGGACAAUCCCCCUCCUCAUCAAGGGAAGGAAACAAAGAAAUAAUUUUCUCUCGAAUGGAAAAUGGUGAUUGGGGAAAUUCACCCCCUUCGUUUACUUGCUGACCCUCCUCGACAGAUCAAGGAGGGUUACAAAAUCAGGGGAUUCCCAAAAUUAUUCACCCAACCCUGAGCAAAGUCAGCCUCUCAUUUCCAUACCCUCCCCUCCCCCCCAAAAAAAAAAAACACAGUUGUCCCUCAGCCAAAUUAUGUGUGUAUAUUUGUGUGGCAGGGAAUGAAGGGUGAUGACAAGAUCCAAGGGGUGGGCGCCUCACCGAGAAGCAAACAGAGCUUCUUAACAGGUGGGGGAUCAGGGUUCAAAAUUGCCAAAAGAUCUGUGUAACCACUCCCUGCCCAGAAAUAUUUCUUAUUUGUAUGUGUGUCUAGGGGAGGGUGAUGUUAGUUGGUGCUGCUACCAAGUCCGGUCCUCAUCCUAGGAAGGGGAAAGAGACGGAAGCAUUGGUGGGAGAGAAAGGGCUGGAAAGCGUGGGGGUCUUUUCCUGGCCAUUGAAAGAGGAAGGGUGGCUAGCGGGGGAAGUGAGAAGCCUAGGGGGAUUCCAAUCUGGUGUGCUGAGAAAAGAUUGCACAUCAGUGGACUACAGAGUCAAAAAGAACUGAGUCUUUUGAUUCAUUCUACCACCAUCCGGUUCCAACUGACAGCAUCCUCACAUUUUUAUGACUGCAGUGUGCUCCACUGGAACUCCUGGACUCCAUUCCAUUGUUCUGUCCAGCCUUCUUCCCCAUUUUUUGGCCCCCAUUUGCCAAACCAUGCCCUGCCCAGGUAGAAAUUCCUUUAGAACAGCAGCCUUGCAACUUUUUACCUUGAGAAACCUUUCU